GUAAAUAGAGACCUGCUGUGUUUAUGUUAUUCCUGACUCCGGAACGUACAUAACAAGUAUCUUGAAUCAAGUGGCUUGCAAGCUUACAAUUAUAUGUUAACUUAAUUGUGACACAAAGACAUACAGCGAAAAUGUCCAGGGUUAGCGGAUGGGUCGUUCUAACCUUUGGAGUUUUGUUAUUUCCAGGGAUAAAUGCUGGACAAACGGUUUUUAAGAAGCCAGAGAUUCAUUCCCUGCACAUUUAUUCCGACAUCAGAUACCGUUUUUCCACGACGACGGUGACAAGCCGGAUAAAGAACGUUGACAUGCAACCGAGAGAAGCCAUCUUUGACGUCACACUGCCAAACGAGGCUUUCAUUACAAACCUAACGCUAGAAAUAGACGGUAAAAUAAUAACUGGCGAGAUCAAAGAAAAGGAGGUUGCUAAGAAACAGUACGAGGCAGCUCAGCAACGGGGAGAAAGUGCAGGGUAUAUUGGAACAAGACAUAGAGAGACGAACAGAUUUAACUUGGCAGUUACUGUGGCCCCACAGAGCAAGGUGUCGUUCAACCUCACAUACCAGGAACUGUUGAAGAGAACACGUGGCCAUUAUGAACAGGUAAUUUAUAUCGAUCCCGGUCAGCCUGUCCCUGAUAUGGACAUCACUGUCGCCAUCGUGGAGUCACGCGAGAUAACUGAUCUUAGAGUCCCGCCUCUCAGAAACGACGUCAUGGCUGACAUCGAGGAUGUGAGCACUAUAACAGUGAUAACCACACCCACCCCGAAAACAGCGCACGUGAAAUUCGUGCCAAGUAUUGAGUUCCAAACAGCACAGUCAGCUAGUGGUAUGGCAGGACAGUUCGUGGUUCAGUAUGACGUAGAGAGAGAAAUGGACAUUGGGGAUGUUUUGGUUGUGAAUGGAUACUUCGUGCAUUUCUUCGCACCUGACGGAUACAAGCCAAUACCUAAUGACGUUUUGUUUAUCCUGGAUACAAGUGGAUCCAUGACCGGAACAAAACUGAAUCAAUUGAAGCAAGCAAUGCAUUCUAUUCUCGGCCAGCUGAACGAAGGUGACCGGAUGAACAUUAUGUCGUUUUCUGGAUCUACCUCGUUUUGGAAAACACAGAUGGUGGAUGUUUUAGACGAAGAUAUAAUGGAGGAAGCAAAAACACACAUUUCUUCUCUAAAAGCUGGCGGGUGGACCAAUAUUGAUCUAGCACUGACAACAGGUGUAACCUUCUUGAAGGACCGAAGCAACACUGAUGGUGCUGUCCGAUCACCUGUCAUAGUGUUUCUUACUGACGGCGAGGCAACACACGGCGUAACCAACACAGAAGAAAUUUUGAAAAACGUACGCACUAUAAAUGAAAUAGGAAUUCCAGUAUUUUCUCUGGCAUUUGGAGAACAUGCGGACUACGAUCUUGUUAAGAAAGUUUCCAUACAGAACAACGGCCUAGGCAGAAAGAUCUAUGAAGCGUCAGAUGCUGCCAUGCAAAUUUCCGGAUUUUACAACGAAAUUUCUGUCACUCUGCUGAACAAUAUAACGUUUCAGUAUUUGGAUGCUCCCGUUGUCAACGUAACGAAACACGAGUAUACCAAUUACUUCAAUGGGUCAGAGAUGGUGAUCUCGGGAAGACUGGAAAACCUUGAUGAUUUCGUCAUUGACAAUACACUCACUUUACGAAUAAUCAGCAACAGCGUAGAUGGACCCCACAUGGUUUUGUCGGGAGGAUUAAGUGAUAACUUGAUAGACAUCAGUGUUACUGAAAAUGCGACAAACAGUGGGGACUUUGAGAAAAUAACGGAAAAAGUCUGGGCAUAUCUGACCAUUAAACAGCUGCUUGACAAGGAACUUGCUACAUCAGAUGAAGCAGAGAAACAGGGAUAUAACAGGCAAAUACUGGAACUGUCCCUUAAGUAUGGCUUUGUCACUCCUCUGACGUCUAUGGUAGUUACGUUACCUGACACAGACAGCACAGAAAAUAUUGAAGAUGUGACUGUGGAAAAUAAUCAGGAGAGACGCCCUGUACCGAAACCAGGACAGUUUCGUCCCGGCCAAAGGAUUCAUCAUAAGCGACCAUAUUCAAGAAAGCGGCCCUAUUCGUCCAUGCCCGCACAAGCAACUUCGAAGACAGUCGGAUCCAACUUCAUGCGGACACAGUUCAGUUCACCGAUGCGUGUUUUCUCAGAUCCUGCCGACAUGGAUGUCGCCUAUGACAUCAUUGACCCUCUUGCAAGUCUUGGCAAGUUCGGCAGCGACCCAAACAGGAGACCUAUGAAAAACAAACGAAGAAACAAACACAAGAAGAACAAAAGGAAGAACAGAAAUAAGAACAAAAGGAGAAAUCAGAAGAAACCAAAAGGCUUCCAGUAUCCGCUACGCGUUAAAUUCCCGAAGCUGGCAGACCCUCUGUGUUUCAGCAUGUACGACGACGCUUUGGAGACGGCUCCAGAUACCUAUGUCUUCUACAGCGACAAUGAUACAGGUCUGCAGCUAAACGUUCUGUUAGAAAAGACGAUACUUGGCAAAUGGACUAAACAAGGAAGUGUAAAAGAAAUACACAUGACUUCUGGUGAACACCAUGAGCAGCUGACCAGUGAAACAUUUAAUACGAAGAAUGUAUCUACUGGCGACGUACUGCCCUGGGAAGUGACUUUUUUACCAGCAGGAAAUGCAUCUGGACCAGCAAGAGAGUUGAAAGUGAAACUUGAUGCAUUUGUUAUGAGUGUUACAGUAAACGAUGAUGGAUAUCUCAAUCUGAUGGUUGAAAAAUCUUCUCAAAGUACACUUGCAGACACUGGAAUACUGAGUCAAGUGUUGGCAAAGAAAGUCCACAUGAUAAAGAUAAUUCAGAAACCAGCCAAGACAAACAAAAAGGGAAAGAAGAAACCAGCGAAAGAUAAAGUUAUUCUUAAAAUAGAUGGCACAAAGUUCGUACUAAAGAGCAGACAGAUUGAAAGUCCUGGGACAGGCACAGAGAAAUGUUGGCCAUUGGCUCAACAAGAAGCCAAACUCGUUGAUACCAAAAGUGCAAGGGUCAUUUAAAUAAAUUUCAUCUUCACAGUUAACAUUUUCUUAUUACAUUUGUAAAUGAAUUUCAUCUUCACAGUUAACAUUUUCUAAAAUGAAUUUCAUCUUCACAGUUAACAUUUUCUAAUGAAUUUCAUCUUCAUAGUUAACAUUUUCUUAUUAUAUGUGCAAUUUAUUUUCGGUUUUAUUUUGGUAGAUAAAGUUAUGUUAAAACGGUCACAUUUUUGAAAGUAAGAAAAACAUGCAGGCGGUUUAUACGUGAUUAUACAUAUUCAAAUUAUCAUAAAGUCUUCAAAGGUU